UCGUCGAGGCGGGUCGUUUUUCGCACGGUUUGCGUAUGCCGACAAUUAGGCGAUCUACCGUGAAGCCGUCUUCGACCUUUUCGAACCCUUUGCGCAGCGAGGCUUCCUUGUUUGUUCGAAAAUCAUUCGCGCGUAUUAUUGCCAUGCCGAUAAUGAUGUAACGGGAUCGUUGGCCGGAUAUGUUGGAUCCACAAGAGCGACAAUUAACGCGAACACGACUGUGCGCGUGCUGUUGCUCAAGAAAUCGAGGCGCUUGGUGAAGAGCGAGAAACAUUAUCGCGGCGAGAUUGAUGGAGAAGAAGCUCCGCGAAGAUGAUCUCUAAGAAGAAACGAAAGAGUUUUUUUUUUUUUAAACUUAAUGAGGCGGCGGCUUUUUCUCAACACGUGGCGGUUCCUCGUAAUCUCCUGUCUAGUGUACUAGCCGCAUAGACGUGUACGUAUCUAAGUAUAGCUCGCGCAGAAAACGCGCAUAUAAAACGCCCGCGGUAAUCGCCCGUCUCAAUGGAGAUCCGGGGAUUUUAGUGCGCGAAGAGAUACGAGAGCGAGCGUAUUCCGGUCGUCCGCGCGGAUGGGGACUCUUUUUCUCUUCGUAUCGAUCUUUCCGCGCGCAUACGUCAUCGCGUUCUCGCCUACGUUCGCGAGAGAACGUCAUCGGGGACAAACCUCCCGGGUCGAAAUAUAUCGCUCGCGUGUUCUCGAGUGACGAUUCUUCUACGUGUAACUACAGGGGCAGACGAUAAAGGUCACGAAGAUCAAGGAUCUUUUCACAAAAAAACAAGGUGACAUCGCAGACGUUCAAUAGGGUUAUUAUUAUUACGACAAUCACAAUGUCUCUGUGAAAAAAGUCCAAUCUGAAGAAUAUCGCGAAGAAAAAGUCGACGCUUUUGAGUUUAAUUUAAAGGAAAAAAUCGAGGAGUGUUUAAUUCUUCCGUGUGGUACAUUGAUCUCACACCCUUUCGAUUUAUCCCCUUCGCGAACGCUGCCUCGCUUGGAAUUUAAUUAAAACCAAGGAUCGUACGUAUUAUCACGCGGGGGGAAAUCGUCGAUCAUUUUUACUCGGGAUAGUAAACAGUUUCACAAUAGAUUUUGUUAAGCGGCCAAGUGGCUCAAUCCCUGCCCGCGAUGGCGAGCGGGGACAUCGUGUUUUCGAUUCCCCGCGGACCAUGACGGAGUCGAUACCAGAUACUCCGGGCAACCGACCGCUGCGGGAGAAGAGGACCUCGAGAUACGACGUUUUCCAUUAAAUUCGCCCGGCGUAAUUCUCCAUUAGCCCCGGUCAGUGCUCGCACAUAAGAGUUCACGAUCUUCUUACGUGCCGCCCCUCGACCGCGCCGCAUCGCGAUCCGUUAUAUAUGAGCCGUCUCCCGGCUUCGGUAAUAAUACGCGAUAAUCGAUCGGUCUAACCGGUGCGCGUGAACUGUUUUUUAGGUCACCGACCGUAAUUUUAAUAAUUACACUUUAAGGGGCGAGAAUCUUGGGGAAAAAAAUUCCGACGCGUCGACAGCUCGCGAUUUUAUUCGCCUCAAUUAUCCAGCAAAAAGAUGAUAUUGUUGAAUUAAUUUUUCGCGAUUCGCGAGCAGCAAUGUGGGAAUUUUCUCUGUGGAAAAAUUUCGCGGUUGCAUCGGUGCGUUAUUAGGCGACGGGAUUCGUAAAGUGAAACAUAUGCUCGACGAAGCGAAAGCGCGAUGCCCGCGAAUCUGUCCGAAGUGAUCCGGUCGGGGUGAGAGACAUCGUCGUUCUCACGACGAUGGAAACGGACAAGCCCUCGCGAUCGUCGACCAGUCGGAGCCUGCAGCGUGGAAGUUAUCGCGGACGGAGCGGAAGGCGGCGGAAACGCAGACGAAAGCCGUUGGGCGAGCGGAUCUGCGACUGGGUCCGUGCGCUGAUAGCCUUCCUCUUCAGCAACGUCGGCAUCGUGUGUCUGGUGGUGGGCUACACUAUAGCGGGCGCCUUCCUGUUCGCCCACAUCGAGGGCAAGAGGACCAGCCCGAAUGUCGCAGACGACGUCAUUCAACUGAGAAACUUGACGGCCGCCACCCUUUGGGAACUGACCUCGAAGGAAAACGUGUUCUCGGAGAAGAUCUGGAAAGCAAAGGUAAGGGUCGUCCUCGAGAGUUACCAGAAGAAGGUGGUGUCGGCCAUAAAAAAUGGCUACGACGGGGUCGAGGAAAAUAAGUGGACUUUCGCCGGCGCUUUUCUGUAUUCUCUGACUGUGAUAACGACCAUCGGUUACGGCAACAUUUGUCCCAAGACGAAAUGGGGCAAAGUUGCGACUAUAGUGUACGCAAUAAUAGGAAUGCCUCUCUUCCUUCUUUACCUCAGCAAUAUCGGCGACAUUCUAGCCAGAAGCUUCAAAUGGACCUACGCCCGUUGUUGCCUGUGCAAGUGUCGGGGAAGAUCGUACGGUUCGACGAACACCGCGAGAACAUCGGAGAUAUCGAAUGAUCCGGUUGCGAAAAGAAACCGCUGGCAGGUGGUAAACGCGCGCGACGGAGAUGUGGAUGCAUCGAGCCUGGAUCCGGAAGAAACUUCGCCGAGAGACGGCGAAGACGGCAGUGUCGACGAGGGCGACGGUAACGACGAGGACGACGACGAUGAGAGCGACAGCUACGAUCCUCAACACGUGACGGUGCCGUUAACUCUCUGUCUCCUUAUUAUGGUGGGGUAUAUUUGGGGCGGUGCGAUUCUGUUUUCGGAAUGGGAGGACUGGAACAUGCUGGACGGUUCUUAUUUCUGCUUCGUCUCUUUGUCGACCAUCGGCUUCGGGGAUUUCGUCCCAGGCGACAAGAUCUACUCCGGCCAAGGCCUCGAACUGUCUUUCAUCUUCUGCUCCAUGUACCUGAUGCUCGGAAUGGCGCUGAUUGCCAUGUGCUUCAAUCUCAUGCAAGAGGAGGUGAUCGCGAAAAUGCGCUCUCUCAUGCGCAUCAUCAAGUACAUUUUCAGGUGCGAGAGAUGACGAACGAGCUCUCAACGUAAUUCUGCAUCAUCACGAUAAUCGGUCAAGCAACCCCGUACCGGAUGGAUGGCGGCGGCGGCGGCGGCCGCGGUACGAAGACGAUAGAACGACGGUAGAACGUUACCGCUUGCGGCUGCAGCUGCGGCGUCAAUCGGUCGCUGCACCUGCAGCUGCAGCGGCAGCGACGGCGAUCUCUAACCAGCGGACGACGGAACGAUGCAGAACGCCGGCGACUACUACCAAAGAGCGCCGAGAUGCUGUCCGGGUAGAAACGGCGGCAGUAGCAGCAACAACAACAACAACAAUGCGACGGUGCGCGGCACGGAGCUGCUCUGUUGCUGCUGCAGCUGCAGCACCGCCACUUCCACAAAGACCCCGGGGCUGC